AUGCAGAGGAAAGCGCUGGGCAUCGUGCAAGGGGAAGAGGAGACGGACUGGUUCCAGUUGGAGAUGUGGAACCGCGACGCGGAGUACGCAGCCAAGGUCUGCAAGAAGGGCGGCCGGGUUGGAGUGACGGUGCAAAACCUUGAAGUCUUGGACUCGCGUGCGGAACAAGCCAUGAGGUCAGACCGGAGCGACUCCAACCUUUGGGAGUCGGAGCGGCUGGAGAAGAUGGACGCUGCAGCCGCCGCGGCGGGCGGCGGGGGCGGGGGCGGGUUGGGCGGCGAGGCGUACCAGCAGCAGACCGCGGAAGAUCUCGAGGCGAAGGCCAGAAAAAGAGCGGCCGAGAACAAGUGGUGGUCCGCAGAGCCCGAGCCUCGAUCGGCGGCAGAGGGGGGGGGCGGGGGGGGGACUUGGGUUAGCAGCGCCGGGUCGGCGGCGAAGGGUGGGGAGUCGUCCUGGUGGGAGGAGGAGGGCACGGGAGGUGUAGGGGGUACGAAAGGGAUCGAUUCCGACUCGCUGCCGUCGUUUUUCGAUAGUUGAGGAGGCGCUGCGCGAGAUGUACUUCAGACAAUGGUGUAGUGUGGGGCAGGAAGGAGCGUUGGGUAUUGCCGUAGGCAUUUCAGACGUGUCCACGAGGUUAGGGUGCUGAGAUCAGUGUUUGGUAAAUUGUGCGGAAGGCGGGCCGGGAAUGGUGGAAAUUGUACUUGCGUAUAGUUCCCGGUGUAUGCUGCUUGCUUUUGUGAUCACGCGCUGUUGGCCGCAGCAGAUCCAGCAUUUAGUGUGUAUUAAGCACAGUCUGUAUCCUGUCAUGUAUCCUGGCGGCGGCGAUAAAAAUAACACAAGAAGCUGCAAUGCUAUGGGUGGGGGGUGACCUGAGCAAAUGUGGUGGGCGGAAGUGAUGGCGUGUGGCUCGGGUGGCCCUACCGUUCAGUGGCACAGAAUCGAAUGAAGUACCGUGAUCC